CUCUGUAAAUUCUUCAGGGACCGCGUCACAAGCACCAGGCUGUGUUGCCCAGUGCUUGCUUGACCUCGAGAGGAGUAACAAGCUCCGGAGGCUCUCUCCGGGUUUUACACUCCAAUCUCGCGAUCGUUCAGCGCACAACUUGCACAUGGGCAACUUGCUAUGUAAGUUUCGUCCCCCGCCCAGGCGCCGUCUCCUGCCAGGCCUUUUUCGCCCGCGGGCCACUCAUGCCUGCGCCGUUGCCCAUCCUGGCCGGGACCACCCUGCUGUUCCUGCACUUGCCCCCUGCCCUGGGUGCGGGCCAUGCCAGCGGCAUCGUGCGGCUUUAACAGCGAGCUUUCACGUGGAGCCAAAGAGGCGGUAUCCGAUCCCUCAGGCCGUGUGUUCCCCUCUGGGCCUCCUCCCCUUAGUGAACUGGAGGGACCCUCCGAAAACACCUGUGCUGUCCGUCCAUAAUUCCAGGAUGUUCAGACCCUCGAGAACUGUGAGGAUCCCUCCUCCAGGGCGCAAAUGGACUGUCCUGCGUUCGCUACCUGAGCCCGUAGUCGAGGCUGUGAAGCCGGUACCAUCCAAUCACCAACCCCCUCCGAGCUCAAAGGGGAUGGAGGAGAAGGUCCAAGCAGUGCCCAGAGAAGGGAUGGAGGAUUCUGUAGAGAGCAGCGGACAGGAUGAUGGGAACAGGGCCCCCCAGGAUACACCGUUGACAUCCAGGCCCCUGGAAACCGGUGGAGUGCUCAGUUCCCACCAGUGCAGCCCUGCACCUGUGGAGCAGUCUCCCAAUCCCCCGGGAGACAGCUUGGGGGAGAACGCUCAGAUAUCUCUGGUGAGCUCCCCCUCUGAGGGCCCUGUUGUCACCUCCUCACAUGGCCCUGCUGGCGAUGUUGUUCCUCUUCCGAAGCCAGAUACAGAUGCGGUAAGGCUCUCCGACCCAAGCCCAAGCUGCCCCUUGCUGCAGGAGAGAUUAACAAAGGAAGUGGGGGCUGAAAACCAUGGGCCUAUCCAGAGCAUACCACACUUACCAGGGAAGGAGACAGAGGGCGAUAAGCCUUCAGGCAUCUCCUCCAAGUACUCUUUUCCACCAGUAUCUGCCACCAGUAGGCCCUGCAAAAGGAAAAUAUCCAUGCCGCUUUUUGUGCCUCUGCCAUCACCAUUACCACUGCAGUGGGGUAGAGGCGAGUUGCCCCCACCUCCUAAGCUUCCUUGCAUAGUUAUUGACAAAAACCUGGGCACCCUGAAGAAGACCAAGGGUCAGAGGAAUAAGAUCUUGGAGGAUGGAACAGAGACCCUGGCAGACUGCUGGGCCACUCAACCUGCCCCUUCCUCUUCCCCACUUGCCUCGGAGACUGCAGACUCCCUGCCCCCGGCCACUCACGCUUUCCAAGUCCCCGUUCCUACUACUGACUUGGCUGACCUAUCUGCCAGGCCCCCAAUCCCAUCUGUCCCUCCAUCUUCCCCAACAGGAAAUACCGAUUCUCUUCCUCCUCUUAGUUCCGGUCCCACUGGGAAAAUUCCACUUAAGAAUGGACACCCUCUUCAUCCAGUCACCGCUGUAACACCUAUUUCGGACCACUCCACACCUCCUAACACCUCAACCUUCUCAUUACAGCCGCCCUCCUCCAAAGGAGAAUCCCCGACCCCUAUGUGUGUAGAUUCUCCCCCUCUUUCCCUACCCACCCCUCUUCCAGUCCCUUCCCCAGUGAGCCCUGUUUUUGUGGCUCAGGCUAUCACUUCUAAGGCGGUUCCAUCUGCCAUCACAGCCACGUCAUCUGCAAAUUUGACGUCUGAUGGUACUUCAAAUUCGGAUGUCACUGACAUGGACACUACUCCUCCUUCUCAUGCUGUCAUGUUCAGAUCUCCCCCAGGCCCCGGGGUGAGCUCUCCUUUAUUAUCCCAGGGCCACUGCAGUAGCAAUCAGACACAGACUGCAAAGGUUCCAGUCUCCACCGGCCCAUCAACAUCGGUGGCCGCCUGCCCCACCCAAGUUCUUAAUCAACCCGUCAGCCUCAACAUCACCUCUCAGCCCACACAGGGGACCCUGGCGGGGCAACAGCAGACAGGGUUGGUACUUUCCACCACUGGCUUACCCCUCAUGAAUUCUGGAAUCACCGCCACGGCAGUAGGCAGCACCUCUGCAAACUGCAACCCUCACUCUGACCCUGAUGCUAUGGAUACCACACCUCCUUCACAGGCCGUUAUCUUUCACUCUCCCCCUCAGUCCGGGGCAAGCCACUUCCCAUUCUACAGUGCACUUCCUGGUUCUGACAACACACCGCCCAGUAGCAGCACUGCCGUGGCCCAUAACUCUACCCAAUUACCUGCACAGUCAGCCAUCACACAGACCUCGGUUUCUAACUACUCUGCCCCAGGAAUCACCUCUCAGCCCGCAUUUGGGAACCAGAAUGGGCAGCAGGCUGGCAGUUCCUACCUGUUGGGAAACCCAGGAGCCCCGACACAAGCCAUAGGCCCAACCGCUCCCGUAGCCCAGCUACCCAAAGACAGCAGAAUGCAAUCAGGUCUUGCAGGCUCUGCAUUUGGCACUACUGUCAACUACCAGACGGCCUUUGGUGACAAGACAGGUGUUCUCCCUAUUGGUGUAUCUACCACUACUGGCUCUGCAGUUGCCACUGGGAUGCCCAGUGCUGGGCUCAGUAGCUCCCCGCUUACACUAACUACUCCGGGCCCACCUGUGUUUACGGGAACUGCAGCCCCCACGGGCGGUGGGAGCUUUGGAUUUGGUGUGUCCGUCCCAGGUCCCGCUCACUCACAGGCAUCUGGAGCACUCAACUAUGGGGCAGGACUGAACGGGGCACCCAGCACCACUUCCGCUCCUCUUUUUGGUCCCUCUCAAUACAACAUGGCUGCAGCUGUAGGAGGGGCAAGUACUGUCCCAGGAUUUGGAAAUAUGGCCAGUUCCACUUUAAAUCCAGGCACCUGGGGCCAGCCCAUCCAAAACACGGGUGGUGCGCUACUGGGAAAAGGCAACAACGUUCCCACCGUGGGAGCCUCUAGUGUGCUCACUACCCAUAAGUGUACCCAGGGCUCAUCCAAAAAAAGAAAAUAUGCUCCAGGCAGAAACGCCACCACCACCGAGGAGAGAAAUGGGUCAAGAGGCGUGUCUGCUUUCCCCUUAAAUCGGAGCGCCAAGGGCCGACCCGCCCACAACACGGGUGGUGCCGUAGUGCGAAAGGACAGCCCUGCUCCCACCGUGGGAGGCUCUAGUGUGCCCACCACCCGUAAGUGCACCUGGGGCUCAUCCAAACGAAGAAAACCUGCUCCGGGUGGGAGAGCCACCACCAAGGUGAAGAGAGAUGUGUCAAGGGACACGCGUGUCUCCCCCUUACAGAACACCUGGGGCUCGCCUGGCCACACGACCUCUGUUGCAGUUGCAAGUACCAGCACCAACUAUAUGCUACAACCCACUUCUAGUUCUCACCUCCCUCCAAGCACCUUGGGCCCACCUGCCCAGCAUACAGGUGGCGUGAAGGACGGGAACAACAUCACUCCCAAGACCGGAAAUCCUGGUAUUCCUGCUUUACAUCAGCGUAACAGUGGCCCACCUGAUGCAAACACAGGUGGUACAGCUGGAAAAGAUACCGUAUCUAUGAUGGCAGGCCCCUGGGUCACCAGCUGCCAUCAGAACACUCGGAGCCUACCUAGCACUAAGACAGGUGGUGCUAUGGGGAUCAGCACCACAUCUACUACGACUGGAAACACGAAUGGUCCCCCAUGCACACAGACCACAUGGAGCACCCCCAACCACAGCACUGAUGGUUCAAUGGGGGAUAGCCCCAUGGAAUUUUAGAAAUCUCCACUCGGAACACGUGGGCCUGCCCCUAGUCAGGGUACUCCUCUGACUUUGGAGGAGCCAGUAAAGUGUUUGGAGGCUCCUGGCCCACUGUUCCUAUGCUCUGGGCAUGGCACCUUCAUAACCUGCCUAGGGCUUCAUCGGAACCACCAACCAGGUUCUUUCUUUUGACACGAGUCUCAACGAAUAUGGAACACGUGUUCCUCUGCCAAUUAUAUGUAACAGUAAAUGGACUUUGCUGUACCAGAAAGGGGCUCGGCCCCUUUAAAUGAAACUUAACCUGUUCUCUUUCUACCACAAGUCAGAAGGAGCCACCCUGCAGGGGUAGUGGGGUGUGUGUGUUGGCAGGCGAGGGGCACAGGAGCCCAGGUUAGCACUACACGAGAUUCGAGAAGUUCCAGGGUUGGAGAAUAGAAGCAAGCCGCAUGUAUCAUCAGCUGUGUGUCUGCCAUCCCUGGCUUGAUGUUAACUUGGCUGACCGAAGCUCCGGGCCAGUUUUCCCGAGUCUUGGAACUGGCAGGGUGCCACUGCCGUCUACAGAUACUUCCUUUCCCCCUACCUAUUUGCCUCCUAGGACUCUUACCUUUCCCAGAUUAUCUAUACAUACUUCUAUAUCUAUAAAACUU